GGGGCUAGAGGAAGAGCAGCGUCGAGAGAGUCGGUUUUUCGACAGUGUGACGCCAUCUUUGUUCGUGAAUCCGAACCACCAACAGACGUCCGACAUGUGGCGUCAGAUACGAUAUUUCAACGGUUUUUAAUUCAAAAUCAUAACAAACCGAUGUGCAUUCAAUCAAAAGACAUUUGUUAAUGAGAAAAUGAAUCAGGAAGUGGAGUUCGCUCGUGAAAUAGCGUCCCCAGUGGGAUUAUCAGUUGAGAAGGUCAGCUUAUCAUUUAUCAAUCGUUUGUUUCCACAAUUGGGAAAGGAUCGCGAGGUUCUCCUGAUUUGCCAUGUGCGUCCUGAUGAAGUCACCAAGAUGGUGAGUCCCUCCUGGGGUAAUCAAGAAGGUAAUUCAGCGAUGCUGGACGUCACUGGAUCCCCCCUGGAGCACUCAUUCGGUGAUGACAGCUUCAACGUCUCCAGCACAUCCCUCAAGAGGAAUUGGAUGGGGUACGAGGAGAGAUAUACACCAAUGGACCUUAAAAUAGCAGCUGCAAUAGUCAAUUGCAUCAGGGAGAAGCUCAGUAAUCAUAAUUUGUGGACAAUGCCACUGUUUGUGAUAGCAAAUCCUGAUAGAAAUGACGACAAAUGCCUUCUCCUUGGAUGCUGUCCAAAUGCCAAAGGUUUCACACCACUGAGGGCUUGUCUCGAUGGUGUUGUGUCCCUCAGUGAUAUUCAGGAGAGAAUUCAGAAGGAAAUACCUCUGCAUCAGCAUAAUAAUGAUCAUAUCAGUCCAAGAAGCAGAAAGAAAGCACAGAUUAGGGUAGACAGCGUCUAUGAUGUUUGUGGGGUUGAUCCAGACAUGAUAGACUGGAGGGAUGACGAGAAGGAGGAGUUUGGGGGGUAUCUGAGGGUCGAGGCUCAUUGGGACGAAUUGACUUUCAUUCCAUCUUUGAGGAAAUCCUCCAACACAUUCAUUGCCUCCAUCAUCAGUGGAUCCAACCGAAGCUCUCUGCUUCCUCUUUGGAAUCAGCUUCUUCUCUUGGAUAAAUACAUUGAAAUUUUGGGGGAUUAUCAGACGAAACACAUGUCCUCACGUUACAGUGUGGCACCUCUGAAUUUUCCAAAGGACUUUUCCAACGUUUUCGCUGAUUCAACCACAGAAAUCAUGACGAAACUUCACAGAAUUCUUGGUGGAGACUGGGCUCUGGAUGAUGUUAAGAUUGUAGAUGACACGACAAGUGUCGAAGGUUCCACUGAGGAUGAUUAUCAAAUUAAAUUGUCAGAUAUAGCGAAAGUCCUGGAGAUGAGACAGGAUCAGGAUUUUACGAGUAUUUUUUGGGGAAUCGUCAAGGGGACUGAAAACUACACAACAAUGACUGAUUGUAUGCAUACAAUCUUCGAAGCUAUUGUUACGGAUGAUUUCAAGCCCUCGUUGACGAUCGGUGAUGACACGAGGUUUGUUAAGCUCGUGGAGAGCUUGGAUUCGGGAAAGAAGGAGCUUCCCCAGCUCGCUGGAAGUGUUUCAAUGGAGCUGGUGAUCGAUAUGGGAUUGGAAAAGCUAACCAGAGACUACAUGUACCUAUUGUCAACUGGAAACCUCAUGGAGACGUACGAUGUUAGAAAAAUGAUGAUAAAUGUUGCAGAGGGGGCAUUUGAUGUUGAUAAAUACAGGGAGAAGCUCCUGACCCUUGCGCAGCUCCACAUAUCCCUAGAGUUUCUCCAAUUAAUUCAACAUCAGUUCAACUGUCGCAUGGACGUCUCUCGAUCGUUAUUCGAAGCAGCCCUGAAGGUCUACAAGUCCUCAAACUCUCCCUUGAAAUUUCAAGAGCUCAGAAAACAGGUGAUCUACUCCCUAGAGGUUCCUGCCCCCAAGGACAUCGUCUCUGAAGUCAUGAAAACGCCCCCGACUUCGUGGAUGUGUACUCUCACCACUGAUACACUCCUCCAGAGAUGUAGUUCACUUACUCAUUACAGUCGUAAUCCCAUAUUUCCACCGAAUAUCUACACGUCAGAGGACAUGCAAAAGGUCGUGGGUGACACCGAGGGACCGAUGUAUCACACCACCACAGGCUCCCUCAUUCACUACAAACUUCCGUGAAGUUUAAAAAGUUCACCGAUCGUUAAAAAGUAAAAAUUAUUCGACUAUUUUAGAAUAAUUAUAUAUGACAAUAUAUUUAAUCAACAUGAGAACUGUAUAAGCACAUAUUUCUCGAUACAUUCAAUGUAUAAAUAUAACUAGAAUUUCUUUCAUGAGUGUUUUGUACUGAUCAGUCAUUGACGAAAACUACACUCGAAUAAAUUGAUAAAUUAUUACA